AUGUUCCCAUCCACCUUGACCAAUACUUACCAUCGCUAUAAGCAGGAUACCGACAAUAUUGCGACAUGGCUUGCUACAACUGCACAAAGAUUCGGGUUUUGCGGAGAUCUGGUCUCUGCGGAUCUGAUCACUAGGAAUAGUCACAAUCAAGUCCAGAAAAGCAAACGCCUCAAAGGAAAGGCUCGGGCAAAGGCCAAGCAAGAUGCCAAAGUCAAUGCUGCGAGUAUGCCGAAUUCCCCUUCAAGGUCCAUGCAGAAGUACGCCGUUUCCGUCAAGGACUUUGUGACGCUGGCAGACUAUUUGGCAUCCAAGCCAGGUGUCACAGUUCCUGCACAAGCAACCGAAGCUGGAAGUGACAGCGACGAGAGGCAAUCCUAUUUUCUAUCGAUUCUAAAGAAAGUGAGACAUGCUCUCGAACCGCGCCUCCAGACUGGGUCCGUCAAAUCUCAGGACAAACCCACGACAGUCCUGGAUUCGGACAAGGAGAUCGAAGGUCGCCUGAAGAACCUGUUCGCUGUUCUAACAGUUGAAGAACCUUCCAAGGAAUUUCUCAAUGUUCCAGACGUGGCGCCGGCUGUCGAAGAGGCGGAGUCAGCUGGCGCCCUCUACGAAGUGGAGCCUUUCGACGACCCGCUUGAGUUGUAUCUCGCAACUGCUGCACUCUUGCAGGACUUGUCAGAGAUUCGGAGCACUCUCCGACAGAUUUGGCAUUCAUAUUCCCAGAACUGCACCAGUCUCAUUUCCGCCGCCGCUACCACCAACGUAGCAAUCCAAUUGACGCUAGAACUAGAAAAGCAGUUUUUGACGGAUCAUCCAUCGGAAUCAGAUACCAUACAGGCCAGAACUACGUUCUUGGGAACGCAGUGCUUACUCCAAGAACAGGCUCCGUCAGCGGACUCUCCACCAUUAGAUCCUUUUGAUCUUACCCUCUACGAAACCGCGGAAACUUCUCUCAUAGUUUCUCAUAUCGUUCUUGAUUCUUUCGGACACGUUUUCGAUCACUACCCCUUACCAAUGUACAAGCCAGGAUAUUUUGGUGUCUAUGACCCCAAGCAAGAUCGAGGAAAGAUGAGUCAUUCUGAAAAGUAUGAAGAGGAUAAAAUCCUCCUUCUAGAAAUUCUUUUAGAUAUAACCUUCUUCGACCACGCGAACAAAAAGACGGGUCUACCAGCCACUGAUGCACUGACGAAAUCCGUGAGCGUAUUUAGGGAGCGACGUCGUCACACGCUGACACUAGAUUUCGCCGCCCAAAUCUAUUUGGAUAUCCAGCACACCCUCCGCGGCAAAUCUCAUAUGGCUUGGGCAGAGCUCCAAAGGUAUGCUCACAAUGCCAAAGCCUCCCUGGAGGAAAACUUCAGAUUUCAUGAAAAUCUGAGGGUGGAUGCCUGGCCACGAGUGAAUGAUGUGUGUAUGAAAACAAUAAUAAGGAAAGUUGAGCGUUGGUUCGAGGAGGACAUGCUCCAAAAGUUGACAACAGAUGCGAUGAUCAAGGCUGGCGUGCACCCCGAAACGCAUAAGCGACAUGCUUUCUUUACCAAACACCCUUGGCUCUGCGGUUCCCUCCUUUUUGGAAUGAAACUCGACAUGCAAGAAGUCGGUACAAGCUUCCUCAAUGCCUGGGGUUCUGCAAAAACAGCUGCACAAAUCUACAACGCUGCGCGGGGAGAGAAUUUCUUGGGCAAGGAGUGGCGAGACAUGGAAGUCGCUUUAACGCUUUACAAGGAUUCUACGAUGUUUGUUGGCAGUAGGCCAAAAACUACAGAAGAUUACUGCGAACGCUUCUACCUCUCAAUGGGCUAUUCUGCUGAUGGCGAUACGCGCUCAAAACAAGACCCACCCCACAUUGAGGGGCGGAUCAUAAGCCCAGUUGCAUACGAACUACGGCUCGGAUAUUCAACCUUCGACCUCGGGAAAGCCAAUCCAAACAUUGAUCAAGUGCUAGCAAAGUGUGCUCUUGACGAAGACGACUUAGACGUUGCCAACAUCGCGGAAACGACUAAGGUUCCAAGACGCCACAAAGGUUCAGGAAAAUCGAAAGUGCAAACGACUUCAGAGGUGCUCAAUUUGAUCUGCCAGUCACUCAAGUCUGAAGAGUUAGCACUCACAUUUGACCAUUUCCACCUGCACCGUUCGGCCUGGAGAGUGCUGCGGGCCAUCAAAGAGGCCAGUUCUGACGAAUUGAGACGCAUAUACGGUCCUAGGUAUAUCAAAAAGGAGAGUCGACUUCCACUCGUGGCAGGCUACAUCUUGUUGACAGCUACUCAGACCAAGAAGCUUGGGACGCCCUUGCAUCCAAAGAAAAAGGAUGUCGUGAGCUCGGAGCUCUUGAAGCAAGCUGCAGGCACUAUAGAGGAAAUGAUUGAAACUGGCAGGGGCGGGUCAGAAGUCAAGAUUCUUUUGAAGCAUUACGGCAUGAGGAGGGAGUUCGAAUAGGGCGCGAGGGAGAGUUUGGAGCCGCUUGAUUCUUAACUGCGGCCGAUGGAACAGAG